AUGACCUCUCCAUCCAUCGACUUUAUACGACAGGCUCUAAAAAAAUCUAGUUUUCUUGGGACAUCAUUAAUCCGGCAAGUGCAAGAAUUGAAAUUGCCCAUGCCCGAAAGAACAUGGAAUUUGACCAAAAAAGAUAGAAAUGUUCUUGCAUUGGGUCAGUGUGGAACGCGAUAUGUUAUGGCAUCACAAGACAACAUUGUAUAUAUUACAUUGGAUUUGAUCGAAGGCAAAAUGGAAGAAUAG